GAUGUGACGUCGAUUGCAGCAAUGCAUUGUGGGGUAGAGUUUACCCAGGAGUAAAUAGAAUAAACUCAAAGGUAACGCCACUCAUUCUUAAAAUUGUCAGUUUAAAGAAAACAAUUAUCAUAACAACUGAACUCUGUAAAUAGGGACGGACAGCAGCUGGGCUGAAUAUGAGCGACCCCGGAGGCUUAACCCGGGGAGAGCGGCCGGUCCGGACCGCAGAACAAGCGUCGUUUUUGGACUCUUUUUAAACCGCCAGCAUAGAAAUCCCUCCCGCUAUCGGUCACGAGACGUGAGAAGCCGCAGCGAACCGUUCUGCAUCGGGUUGGGUAACUUUUCUUGCUCAUCUGCUCGCGGCAUCACAACAAACCGCCUCUCGCACGACCAGAGCCCCUUUGGGUGCUGCCGCGGAUUGAGAGAAGUGAUUAUCACAUUCUCUUGAGCAAUGUUGAUGUAGCUGUGGAGGACGGAGACUCUGAUACCGUUACCAUGUUGAAUGAAGCUGGUAUAAUCUCUGCCAUUGAUGGCAUCCCGGACGGUGUUCAACGGCGUCCAGUAGCAGGAAGAUAUCAAGAGGCGAGUGAUGGUCGCCCCGUAAAACGUAAACGGAAUAAACGCAGCUUGAUUUGGAGGCACUAUGUGGAACUGGACAGUUUUGCAGCUGCUCGCUGUUGCAUUUGCAUGAAGGUACAGUCCAUUGAGGGCGGCAGCACCAGCAACCUGCACCGGCACAUGUCAAACAGACACCCGGAGGUGUUUUCUCAGCUAGCAGCUGAUCGGCGGCACCCACCACCAACCCACUCACCACACAUCUCAGAUGCUAAUGUGGAAGUGGUUCUAGAAGACGAAGACUCUGACACCCUUGAUUCUGCUAUGAAUGGCAUCCGAGAGUGUACACAAGAAGAUCCAGCGGAGGAGAUGACACACGAAGAGGCGAGCGAUGACAACCCUGUAAAACGUAGACGGAGUAAACGCAGCUUGAUUUGGAGGCACUACGAGCAACUGGACCAUUUGGCUGCUGCCCGCUGUCGCAUUUGCAUGAAGAAGUUACAGUACUUUGAAGGCGGCAGUACCAGCAACUUGCAUCGACACAUGUCCAAAAGACACCCGGAGAUGUUUUCUCAGCUACUUGCAGACGGGCAGCCGCCACCAACCCCCCACUCGUCACACAGCUCAGGUGUUAACGGUGACACGUUCAUGCCACCAAAGAACGCCGGGGCGACGGAGAAGCCGAGGCAGUUUUCUGGUUUGUUAAAAGUUUCAAAAGCGUCCGUAGGCGAAAAGUUUGUACUCAGGAGAGAGCGGGAGCUGAUAGAAGCUCUGAGGGCAGCGCAGAGAGAAGAGGCCCGGGCUCUGGAGCAUCAGAGGGAGCUGCUGGAGAAGCUGCGUGCAAUGAAUGCCAGAGAGGCAGCUGCAGAGAGGGAGCAGAUUGAGUCAUUGAGGACAGCACAGCUGGAGGAAGCCAAAGACUUGAGUCGACAAAGAGAAGAGGUGCAGAAGGAGAAGUCAGAGCUGCUGAAGAAGUUGGAAGAGCUUCAACGGGAAAGACAAGAACUUGUCUAGUUUUACAGUGGAUAGCAAGCCACAAGCUGACCUUCUGGAUUUGAGAUAUUCUAUAAAGACUUUGGUACUAAUUCAAACAUAUGUUGAUGUAAAAAAGUAAAUUUUACUUUUGGUUAAAUAUAAUUCACAAAAAAUCAAGAGGGUUGUUUCUGUCACAGCUGUGUGCUGCUCACUCUGGUCCUCUCUCAUUGAAUUGUGUGAUAUCAUGAUGUCCUCUUGUAUCAAAUACAAAGAAAUUAGAAAAAAUACACACUGGAAUUUUCUAAUUUUUACAGUUUUGUCAAUGAUUAAAAAAUAUUUGUUGCCAGUUUCAGACUAACUUCAGAUUAAAAGCUGUUUUUU